GAAUUCGCUCCUGGAACAUUCAUCUUCCCUCUUGUGAUCUGAAUCAUCAACUGAGACUCUUUGUAAGUCAGCAUCUUGCUCAGUUUUCUUCUGAGUUAAAAGGCCAAAGGACCCUUCAUCACCGGACUGAGACUCUGGAGACAGUGAUCCUGGUGAAUCCCAAUGUGGACAGCAUCAUUUCUGAGGUCCGGUCGCUGGUGUGUGAUUUGUCUGCCUAUAAACUACUGGUCCUGUGUGGGCAGGGCUCAGACCAAGAAGGAGAGCUGACGUUGCAAACUGGGACCUUCACUUAUCAGCAAUUUGCUGGGAUCCUGGCAGAUCCAGAGGUUGCCCAGCUCCUCAGCAACACUGAUCCAGAUAAUAAGGCUGCCCUCACCGUGUCCUGUCUGGCAGAGGGAGACUGGAGCAACCUGGGACAUCCCCAGUUCCAGCACCUUAUUAAUCUGAAACUGAACCCUGACCCUGUCCUGCCGGAGAUGGAUGGAGUCUCUGAGUUUGCAGAAUAUGUCUCUGAGACUGUGGAUGUGCCCACUCCAUUUGAUCUUCUGGAACCUCCCACUUCUGGGGGCUUUCUGAAACUGUCUAAGCCCUGCUGCUACAUAUUCCCCGGUGGGAGAGGGGACUCCGCUCUCUUUGCUGUCAAUGGGUUUAACAUCUUGGUGGAUGGCGGCUCCGAGAGGAGAUCCUGCUUUUGGAAGCUGGUCAGGCACCUGGACAGGAUUGACUCCAUUCUCCUGACCCACAUUGGGGCCGACAACCUGCCUGGCAUUAAUGGGCUUCUGCAGAGGAAGAUUGCUGAGCAGGAUGAGGAGCAAUCUCAGGGGUCCACCAACUACAGUGACUGGAUGAAGAACCUCAUCUCUCCAGAGCUGGGGGUGGUUUUCUUUAAUGUUCCGGAAAAGCUGAAAAUGCCCGAAUCAUCCAUGAAAGCCAAGAGAAGCAUCGAGGAGGCUUGCCUGACACUUCAGUAUCUGAAUAAACUGGGCAUUAAGUCAGAGCCCCUCUACCGGGUGCUGAGUAGCAGCCUGGAGCCCAUUACGCUGUUUCACAAGAUGGGGGUUGGCAAGCUGGACAUGUACGUCCUGAAUCCCGUCAAGGACAGUAAGGAGAUGCAGUUUCUAAUGCAGAAAUGGGCUGGGAAUAGCAAAGCAAAGACUGGCAUCGUUCUAGCAAAUGGGAAAGAGGGUGAGAUCUCUGUCCCCUAUCUGACGUCCAUCACAGCCCUGGUAGUUUGGCUGCCAGCAAACCCAACAGAAAAAAUUGUAAGAGUUUUGUUUCCUGGAAAUGCUCCACAAAAUAAAAUACUGGAAGGCCUUGAGAAGCUCAAGCAUCUGGAUUUUCUGAGGUACCCAGUAGCUACUCAGAAGGACAUGUCCUCUGGCCUGCCUCCACCUUCUCUGAAGCAGACCAAGAUUAAACAGAGAACUGACAGCAAGGAGAGUCUGAAAUCUUCCCCCAAGCCAGCUGCAACAAAGCAGGCUAGAAAAGAAGAGGCAGCCUCUGAGGAUGGGGUGAAGGAGAUAAAGCCAGAGGUAGUAAAGGAGGCCAGAACUGAGAAAAAAGUGAAAGAACAUACUGAGAAAAUUCCUGAGAAACCUGCUAAACCUGAAAAGAUAAAGACAGAAUCCAGUGAUAUCCUCAAAGCUGAGAAAAGGAAACUAACCAAAGACAAGGUUGGCAAGAAACACCUCAAAGAGAAAGUGUCUAAAAUGGAUGAGAAGAAGGACAAAGAAAAGAAAGAGAUUAAAAAAGAGAGAAAGGACUUUAAAAAAGAUGAUGGAAAGAAAGAAGAAAGAAAAGAUUCAAAGAAAGAAGCCAAACCAGAGCUGAAAAAAAUUUCUAAACCAGACUUAAAACCAUUUACACCAGAAGUGAGGAAAACAUUAUACAAGGCAAAAGUUCCAGGUAGAAUUAAACCUGAGAAAAUGCGAGUCAAAGCUGAAAAGGAAGCCCCUUUGGAACAGAAGACUUUACCAGUGCAGAAGACACGUGUACAACAAGAGCUAGGAAUGGCUGACAUGGCUGAGCAGAGGCUAGUGCUGUCUUCACCAGAAGACCUAACCAAGGACUUUGAGGAGCUGAAGCGUGAAGAGAAGGUGGAGCUGCAGGUGGCUCAGGAAAUGACUGAUAAUGAAGUGAGUGAUGCAGUCAUGCGAGGACCUGGUACUGAAGGAAAGAUGGUCCCUGAUAUAACUGCGCAGGGUCACCUCCAUGAAGCUCUAAUUUUGGAAGAGAACAUCUUGAUGAAAGCAACUCCUCUAGAUUCCCCAUAUGAGGGAAUCAUCACUAUUGACAAGGAGGUAGAAUUGCCAUGUGAGGAAAAGCCAGCCCAUCACCUGGAGGUGAGAGCAGGACAGACUGAACCAUCUGAGGAUGAUGGAGCAGCCCUGGAGGAACCUCUUGAGAUGGGAGAGCUUUCAGAAAAAGUUAAAAGGAAGGAGGAAGCCACGUUACCACAGGAGGGUCUCAAAGAUGAGAGAGGGCAGGUACCAUCAUACUCAAAAGCAGCAGCAAGAGAGGCUCAGACCCCAGCACUCAAAGAAGAGAAGGAAGAAGAGCAGAAAAUAACUUUGGACAACAUGAAGAAGACGUGUGAAAAAUACAUUGGGGGCAUGGAUACAGGUGAGGAAAGCGAGAAGGAAAAGAGAGAGGAUGUGAUAGAAAAGGCAGAUCUGGAGGAAACAGAAGAACAAUACACAGAGGAAAAGGGCCUGAAGACCAAGGAUUUCUAUCAGCUACACCAGGAUGAGGAGAAGGACACAAAAUUCACUUCCAAAGAAAAGGAAAGAGAGUUCAGUGGCAACAUGGGCGAGAAAAGCAAAUUACCCGAAAAGGAGAGAACUAAGGAAGAGUCCUACCUGAGCAAUGUGCCUGUCCCGCCAGGAACUGUAGCGGAACACAUUUCAUACAUCCAAGAUGAAACCAUCCCUGGCUACUCAGAGACUGAACAGACUAUUUCUGAUGAGGAAAUACAUGAUGAACAGGAAGAGAGGAUCCCACACUUGAAGUAUGAUGUGGGUGCAUAUGACAUUUCUGUGCCUGAUCACCCAGGCUCUUUUGAAGCAGUACAUGGUAUCCAAGCCACCUCCACUACCGACAUUGCUGCCAAGGGGUACAUCAGCCAAGAAUCCGAAAUACUUGUGUAUCCUACGAGCAUCGUGGCAGCCCCACUGGCCGAAGAGGAGCACGUGUCCUCUGCCACGUCAGUUACAGAAUGCGACAAGCUUUCCUCCUUUGCUACUUCUGUAGCAGAAGAUCAGUCUGUUGCAUCCAUAACAGCUCCACAAACAGAAGAGACGGGGAAAAGCUCGUUACUUCUGGAUACAGUAAACAGCAUACCCUCCUCUCGGACUGAAGCCACCCAAGGCCUAGACUAUGUGCCCUCAGCUGGCACAAUCUCACCAACAUCCUCCUUAGAGGAGGACAAAUGCUUUAAAUCUCCACCUCCUGAAGACUUCCAGGCAUUAGCAGAAGGAGAGAGAAAAUUUGAAGCUCAUAAGAAGGGCCUGCAAGAAGAGACGGAAGAGGAGGAAGAAGAAGAAGAAGAUGAGACUCCAAAUAUUGAGGUGCCUGAGAAACUCCCAGGGCAUUAUGGUGCCCAGCUAUUUCCUCAGCAAGCACCCCAAGCUGAUAUUUUAAGCGAAUCCCGCACAGAAACAUCCAUGUUGCUAUUAUCCACAGAGGAAACCCAGCUUUCCCAAGUAGACUCCAGCUCUGGAGAAGCUGAGGAACGAUGCAUCAGCCCUGAUGACAGCACAAUCAAGAUGGCAUCUCCAACACAAUCUGGCCCCACUAGUGCUGGUCACACACCUUUCCAUCAGUCCCCUGUGGAGGAGAAAUUGGAAACCGUGGAAGCGGAGUUAUUUGAAAAAGCCAGAGACAUUUCUGUAAAGAAAGGUGAAGGACAAACUCCUAGUGUAGGAAAAGGUGCUGAGAGUGAAUUUGAACUACUUCAAAAAGCUGAGGCAUCUCCCGCUAAAGUUAUCCCAGAAGAAGAAUUGCCUUUUGUUAUGCAGGAGGAGCAUGGCUUAGCUAGCGAAGUGCCGCUGCCUGUUGAGUCCACGUCUCCCAGAAAUGAAUGGCAGGAGCUACCCGUUGGAGAGGAACAGCUGUCACACAUUUCUUAUCACAAACAGGAAACUAUUGACAUUAGUGAAAAGGAUGAUUCCAAACUGUAUAUUCCCAGCACAGACAUUACUUCAAAGCUAGAAAAGGAAGCGGGUUUCAGAGAAACUGAAAUGACUCAAAACAUUUCACUAGAAUUUGCAAAAUAUACAGAUAAAGAGCCAGUUUCUACCAAAGAAAUCUCUCCCCAAAAUUCUGACGUUGUACAGGUCCCACAACAAAGCCAACUUGAAACUGAUCAAUCUUCACAAAUUUCCAUUAAAGAAAUGUCUCCAGAUGAUUCCAAAUCACUUUCUUUUGGAGAGGAAAGUCUUUGUAAAGAAAAAUCUUCAGAUAUUUCCAUUAGCGAAACUUCUCCAGAAGAAGGGAAACCACUGUAUUUCACAGGAUAUAGUUUAGAAAAAGAAAAAUCUACACACAUUUCCAUUAAAGACAUUUCUCCAGAAGAGAACAAAUCAGUUUCUCUCACUGAAGAGAGUUCUGAUAAGGAAAUAUCUCCAGACAUUUCCAUUAAAGAAAUGUCUCUAGAAGACAUUCAACCUCUUGCUUUUACAGAAAGGAGCCCUGCUACAGAAACAUUUCUAGCCACAUCUGCUACUGAAUUCUGUCCAGAAGCUGUCACACCCCUGAAUUUCAUGCAGCACAGCCCAGCUACAAGUGAAAAAUCACUGGGAACUUCUGCCAAAGAUACCAUUCAAGAAAAAACAAAACCCCCUCUUUUCCCAGAACAUAGCCCAAUUAAAGAUAUGGUACCCACGGAAAUUGCUUCUGCAGAGAUCUCUCAAGAAAAUGAUACAAGAUUGUCGUUUUUAACAGAAAUGAGCCAGGUUAGAGAAAAAGCUUUUGAAAUGUGCUCUCAAGAAACUUUUCCAGAUGUAAAGUUCUUACACUUCACAGAAUCCAGACGAAUUGAGGAUAAAGAAUCCACAGACAUUUGCUCUGAGUUCAUGGAAGAGAGACAAACUAAAGAAGAAAAAUCUCCAGAAAUGGAAGAUUUUUAUAUGAAAAAUGGAGAUUAUGAAAAGAAAGUGUGGUUUCCAGAGGCAGCAGAGGAGAGGACAGGUAAGGAAAUCCAACAGAAGUAUGAGAAGGAAAGAGAGAACACUUUCUUAGAUGAAGUUCAAGAAUAUGAAAAAAAAUCUUCUCUUACCGUAACAGAAGAGGAAACAAUUAAAUAUUCUAUGGUAUAUCAAGGCUAUGCCUUGGAAACAGUAGAGAAGAAAACUUCAGAUGCUGCCUAUGGAUAUGUCCAGGAAGAAGACACCACUGGGCAGACAGACCAUCUUCCUAAGAAGGAAGAUUUUCUCUGGCAUGGUGAAGAUAAGCCCAUGUCUCAAGAAAAAGAAGCCGCACAUUUCAAAAUGGAUUCAGCAGAAGCACAAGAGUUUACACUGCAGGAGGACAAAGGACUUUCACUGGAAGGAAAGAAAAUGGAAAUAGAUCCUUCUGAUAUCGGCUCUUCUGAAAAACCGGAAGUAUUUAGAGCAUCCCCAUCUUCUCAGUGUGUCUGUGUAGAGGAAAAACAUGUCAAACCAUCGCAUGAAGCAACAGAGAGGGAAGAAUCAUUGUUCACAACUAAACAAGAUUACUCCUACUUGGAUCACAAGGGGAAAGCAGCCCUGGAUCUACGCACCAAAGCUUUAGACCAAGUACUGGUAGCAUCUCCACUGCCUGCAUCAUCUGCUGCUCUAGAAAAGGGGGUAGACACAAGAGCACAAGAACUAGAAAAACCUUGCAUGACAAAGCAAAGCAAACCAGCUUUGCAAGCUGAAGUUCCACUGGAGGCCACAGUGGAGAUAUCAGAUGCUGAUGCUUUGACCCAGGAGACAUCAGACUCUAAGUACAUGCUAGACACAAAGCAGAAUGCUGACAGCAAAUCCACUGUGGUUCAGGGUGGCUCUAGCAGAAGCAAAGAGCCGAGUGUGGCAGCAUUUACUCUUUUGUACUCCACAAGCCCAGCAGAACAUGGGUAUGUAGCGGCUUCCCCACAAGACAGAGAUGCAGCAGCAGAGGACGGCACCCACCUUCUGCCAGAGCCAGGUCAUCCCAAAGGAAGCAGCAACCUCACAGGCCAUUCUGAGGACAUGGCUUCUAUCAGCCCAGUGGAGUAUCAUUCCGAGUCUCACACUCAGAGCUCUUCCAGUCCUUCUGAGAAGGAGGCCUAUGAAUCCAGAGGUGAUAGCCAGGCAGAACAGCCAGAGCAGGAACAAAGGGAACCAACGCCCUAUCCUGAUGAGAGGUCUUUCCAGUAUGCUGACAUCUAUGAGCAGGUAGUUGUGUCUGGAAUUGGGCUUCCAAGCCUUAUCCUGAGGGAGGUAGACAACCAAGGUCACUCUGAUAAGGAAAAGUUGGAGUCUGUGUUUGUGGCCUCAAGGACAGAGACCGUAUCUCUGACUCAGAAAGAGCUACUUCACAUCUCUGCAAAAGAAGAAGAGUCCUGCCUGUACACCUCUGCUGAGAAGGAGCUGUCAUCUCCGACUUCCCCCAGAGAUAAAGUGUAUUCUUCCUUUGAGUACACAGAUGUCCAUGAGAGAUGUGCACGCCCGUCAGAGCCAGAGAAACAGGGAGUGCCCAGUGACUGGAGGUUCAAGGAGAUGCAGGAAGGACUGAAUGGUUUGAGCUCCUCAGCUGCCACACCAAAGGCGCCACCCUGCACCCUGUCUGCGCCCUGGCCUGGAAGCAGCGACUGUGCACUGCCAACCCACACCACAGAGGCACUCUGUCAGGAAGAGAAAGCUCCCUGCACUGAGGCCGCUCAUCCAGACGAAAACAUCAUUUCAGCCAGCCAAGAGCAGAGAGCUCAGUCCACAAAGGGGCCUCAGCUCAAAGACUUGUAUUACGAGAAAGCAGGACCGGGAGAGGAGAGCACCAGUGACUCAGAGGUAGAAAAAGGUGCCAAGGAGGAAUCUGAAAAGGAGACCAAAUCGCCCAGCCCUCCCCAGGCACCAGUCCAAGCCCGCGAGGAGGACGCGUACGCCGACAUUUCAGCAAUGGAGGUGGCCCAGGCAUCAGAGCUGCUGCACCAGGUCAAAACCCAAGUGUCUCAUUUGUCAGCAUCCACUGCCUCCUGCCCUUGGGAUCCAAGGCAGCAAGAGGGACUUGGAGCUGAGAAAGAUGCAGCAGCAAGUAUUGUAGAGGCAGGUGCUGCUGGCUCCAGAGCCCUGACAGAUCCACACAGAGAUGUCUGGGCUUCAGAAAUAUCCUGUUCUAGCCAGACUUCUUUGCAGCAGGGAAAAGAUGCUGAAAAAUCCCCAAAGGAAGCACACUGUCUAGUGAUGGGCUAUCACCGGGCAGAAGUUGCAUCGGAGGGCUACGACAAAGGCAUUUGCUUAAAGUCUGCUUCCAUAUCUGUGAAAGAGGACCAUCAAAAGGGUCUGGCACUGCAAAGUGACGUCAUGGAUUCCUCUUCAUCUGGAUCUGAAUUUUCCUCUCUAGAAAAGCAUGAGUCAUCCGUUGUGUUUAGACAUGAGACAUCCCCAUCAUGCCACUUAGGAGACACUUCUUUUAUUUUAAAGUUACCUGAUGCUUUGCCCUCAGCCCAGGAGAAGAAAGAUGAAUACCUGGAGGUUUCUAAAAAAGAUGCCAGAAUAGAUUCAUCUUACCCUGGCUUUUCACUCCUGAGUCCCUAUAAAGAAGACAAGUUUUUCCCUGGGGCUGUGGAAAGAGAAGUUACAUCCCAGAAGUGGGCAGAAGAUGCCUCUCUCAGGCUCUCAGAGGAUUCCUCAUCUGAAGCCACCACCCCUGUGAUACACACGACAGCAGAAAGCUUCUAUUCCCACAUGCUUUCUACAUACGCAGGAGCAGAAGCAGAGCCAGAUACCAGGAGCCUGUGGGAUGUGUCUCCAUUGAUUCCAGCUGAUUCUGUCAAAACAUAUCCAGCUGAAACUGAAGGAUUUGUGUCUGCCGAGGUCCCUGGUUCUGCAUUCACAGGUGAUGUGGAUGAGAACACACUGCCAUGCAGAAUUGAAUGCCAAAGUGCUCUGACCUCGCAACUGUCCUCAGAAAACCAAAAGCAAAGCUGUGCUGCCAGCCCAGAACACCACUCACCUGUCACUGAACCGCGUAGGGUAGUGACAUCACUUCCUGAUGUACUCACAUCAUUUCCUCCUCAUCGGCAAGAGGCAGCAGCCACAGCCAAUGGCCCAACAGAAGUGAGCUCAAGUCUACAAGCUUGCCGAAGCCUGCCGAGUGCAGCAGAGGUGAAAGGUGAGACAGCGUUUCCUGAUUCUGACCAGAUGGGAUCACCACCCUGGGGGGCAGAGGACACAACUAGGCAGAGCCGGCCUUCUUCACUGAUGUCCCCUGAGCUUAGCUUCCAGCCCUUUUUCCCAGAGGCACGCAGAGGAGGAAGGACUGAAGACCAUGGAGAUGCUUCCCAUGAGGCAGAGCCAUAUUUAGGAGCCAGCGCUGACAACAGGCAGAAGUUCUCCUCGUGUGAAUAUAAGCAGAGGAAGGGGGAGCUGUCGCCAUCAUUCAUCAACCCGAGUCCUCAUGAGCUCUCUGAAGACAGUGACCUCUCGCAGGAUGAUGGUCGCCCUUCAGUGAAGGGGAGGCCGCACCACGCUACUGGCAGCCAUGUACAAACCACAGCAGUAGAGGAAACCCCUCCCACAUCAGUGAGUGACUCCGGAACCUCCCAGUCUGACUCGGACGUCCCUCCAGAGACAGAGGAGUGUCCAUCCAUCACAGCCGAUGCCGCCAUGGAUUCAGAUGAAGAUGCAGAUUUCCUCCCAGUGGACAAAGCUGUGGGCACAUCACAUCAUGGCAGCACGAGGUCCAGCCAUGAUCCACAGCCUGUUCCAAUGAUAGAUCCCCACCCUCAUUCCCCUCAUCCAGAUGUCUGCAUGGUAGACCCUGAAAUGCUGCUAAACGAGCACAAUGGGAGCAGAACUGAUAAAAUAUCCAAAAGGGAUCUGAAAGAGAAGAGCAAAGGAGUGAGGAAGCCUUUGAGUAAACCCAAAUCAUCAUCACCUGCCCGGAAACUAGAUGGCAAAGGGAAGCGAUCUCCCACACCUGGGAAACAGCCGUUGGACAGGUCUCCAAAAUCUACCACUGCCAAAAAAGAGCGAGAGGGAGGAGAGAAGCCGUCAAAACCACGCACCCCAUCAGUGCAGCCCUCUCACCUGGAAGAGAAGGACGAGUUACCCCGGAGCAGUCACAGCAACCCUGGCAAGGGCCUUGUUAAUGGCAUCAGAACGAACCCUGUUUCCAGUAGCCCCAAAAGCAGCCUGUCUGUGCCCCCUGGGCCUCCUGUCUAUGUGGACCUGGCCUACGUCCCCAAUCACUGCAGUGGAAAGAACACAGACUUGGAGUUCUUCAAGAGGGUGCGAGCCUCAUACUACGUCGUGAGUGGCAAUGAUCCGGCCAGCGGGGAGCCCAGCCGGGCUGUGCUCGAUGCACUUCUGGAAGGAAAGUCCCAGUGGGGUGAGAACCUGCAGGUAACGCUCAUUCCGACACACGACACCGAGGUGACGCGAGAGUGGUACCAGCAAACCCACGAGAAGCAGCAGGAGCUGAACAUCAUGGUGCUGGCCAGCAGCAGCACCGUAGUCAUGCAGGACGAAUCCUUCCCAGCCUGCAAGAUUGAGUUCUGAGCCUCCCCUCCGGCUGCUGCCCCCCGUGCAGCACCAGACAGAUCCCAUCUUCUCACCGUCCAGUUCUUCGCUUCUGGUUUAGUCUCUAGGUGGUGCCCGUUGGCGAGAGCCAGGCCCAUCCCGCUCAGCGCUGGAUGCUUUGAGAGGAGCCGGGAGGGCUUUGAGAUUCU